GCCGCCAUCCGGCAGAUGCAGCAGCUGCUGAAGGGGCAGGAGACGCGCUUCACCGAGGGCCUCCGCGUGAUGAAGAGCCGGCUGAGCACCCUGCACGCCUCCCUGGCGCCCAAAGCCGCCCCCGAGCCGCCGGCCGCCUCCUGCCCUGCCCUGCAAGCCCCCGCGGACGGGAGGAAGUUUGGCACCAAGUAUUUGGCGGAGCACGAGGUUCACUUCACCUGCGACCCGGGCUUCCAGCUCCUGGGCUCCAGCACGCGGACGUGCCAGGCCAACGGCAGCUGGACCGGGCAGGAGCCCCGCUGCGUAGAGAUCAGCGAGUGCUCGAGCAGCCCCUGCCAGAACGGCGGGACGUGCCUUGUACUUUACAUCGACGAGUGCGCCCUGUCACAGGAUAACUGCACGAGGGGGACCACCUGCAUCAACACGGGGGGGGGCUUCCAGUGCGUCAGCCCCCAGUGCCCCCAGCCCGCCGGCAACGUCACCUACGUCAAAACAUCACCCUUCCAGUGCGAGCGCAACCCCUGCCCGAUGGAGAGCCGGUCGUGCCACCAAGCACCCAAAACCAUCUCCUUCCACUACCUUCCCCGGCGGCCGGCGGCGGCGCCCGGACGGCCGACAGCCUGCGCUUCGGCAUCGUGGGCGGCAGCAACCGCGGCCACUUCGGAUGCAGCGGGCGGCAGCAACCGCGGCCACUUCGUGAUGCAGCGGUCGGACCGGCAGACCGGGGAGCUCAUCCUGGUGCAGAGCCUCAAGGGUCCCCAGACCAUCCAGGUGGACGUGGACAUGUCCGAGUACCUGGACCGUGUCUUCCAGGCCAAGCACGUGUCCAAAAUCACCGUCUUCGUCUCCGCCUAUGAGUUUUAGGGGAGGCGGCAGCCGGGGCGGCUUCCCUGACGGCGAUGGUCCCCGCUCAGCACCCUCCACCCGAAAGCGCUAGCCCUGGAGGCAGGCGUGUAAUGGGAGCUCCAGGUGACAUCCCACGCCGA